AUGUCGGAAAAGCGACCGGCCCCCGAUGAGCCAGGCGACGGACAGCUUGUCGUCAAGCGGCAGAAUGUGGGCACCAGCCGCGCCCUCACACGGCCCGGCGCGUCAGGGAGUGGUGCACUCAUCCAGACAGCGCCCCGAACCAGCGCGCUUCAGCACCCCCUGAUGGAGCUGUCAGGACACACGGGCGAGAUUUUUUCCGCCAAGUUCGACUCUACGGGGAAUCUGAUAGCUUCCGGGUCUAUGGAUCGGACGAUAAUGCUGUGGAGGACAUACGGCGACUGCGAGAACUACGGCGUGCUGACCGGCCAUCGCGGCGCCAUCCUCGACCUCCAGUGGUCCCGCGACUCCGACAUCCUCUUCUCCGCCUCGGCCGAUAUGCACCUCGCGAGCUGGGAUCUCACGUCCGGUCAAAGGAUACGGCGCUACGUCGGGCACGAGGAGAUCAUCAACUCGAUGGACAUCAGCAAGCGCGGCGAGGAGCUGCUCAUCAGCGGGAGUGACGACGGCACCAUCGGGAUAUGGGACCCGAGGACGAAGAAUGCGGUCGACUACAUCGAGACCGAGUUCCCGAUCACGGCCGUCGCCAUCUCCGAGGCUGGCCACGAGAUCUACUCGGGCGGCAUCGACAACGACAUCAAGGUGUGGGACAUACGGAAGAAGGCGACGGUCCACUCGAUGCUGGGCCACACCGACACAAUCACGUCGCUGCGGGUAUCGCCGGACGGCCAGCAGCUGCUCUCCUACGCCAUGGACUCGACGGCGCGCACUUGGGAUAUCAGGCCGUUUGCCCCCGCCGAGCGCCACAUCCGCACCUUUGACGGCGCGCCGCUCGGGCUGGAGAAGAACCUGAUCCGCGGGAGCUGGGACUCGGACGGCAAGAAGAUUGCUGUCGGGGCAGGGGACGGCACGGUCGUCAUCUGGGCCAGCGAUUCCGGGAAGUUGCUGUACAAGCUGCCGGGUCACAAGGGGACGGUGAACUGUGCCGAGUUUGCGCCAGGAGAUGCUCCUAUAAUUCUCUCUGCGUCUUCCGACCGCACCAUGCUGCUGGGCGAGCUGAAGUGAGCCGGCAGCCUGGAAAAGGCGCCGGGGUUUCAGAAUCAAUCUCGACGCCGACUACCCGUCCAGCCGCGAGGUCUUCCUUGUGAGCAGAGACACGGGUUAUAACACAGAGCGGCCAAGCUUAUGGCGCUACUAUCCGCCCCGAAACUCAGGGCUCGAAGA